AAAGACAAGAAGAUUCAGGUACCAGCGUCUGGGCAGUGCUUGAGCUUCAGGAACUGGGUCCAGCCCUCGACGGACCUCUGCCCUGACCCUCCCCAGUGGACUUCUUUGUGUCAGCUGCUUCGGCUGCUGCAGCAGAUACUUUCAGCGGCAACUCCCUGCAAGGUGGGGCACCCAUCUCAGGCAGGUUUUGUGCACCCCACUGACUACUCCCCAGGGCUGCCACACUGCCUGUGGCUUCAGAAUGAAAGGGGAGACCCCUGUGAACAGCACUAUGAGUAUUGGGCAAGCCCGCAAGAUGGUGGAACAGCUUAAGAUUGAAGCCAGCUUGUGCCGGAUAAAGGUGUCCAAGGCAGCAGCAGACUUGAUGACUUACUGUGAUGCCCACGCCUGCGAGGAUCCCCUCAUCACCCCUGUGCCCACUUCGGAGAACCCCUUUCGGGAGAAGAAGUUCUUCUGUGCCCUCCUCUGAGUCGCCCCGUCCCUCCCCUCAAGCUCUUCACCUUUCCUUCUCCUAGGCCCUUCCUUAGGUCAGUAACUGUCGUGAGCCCCUGAGGGUCCCUGCAUCCCAUCCCUAGCCCUUGUCCAACCCUGUGAGGUUAUCUGAAGCACAAGGCUCUCCGUCACCUAUCUGUCGACCCCAUUUCCUCGCCCACUUCGGCCGACCCCAAGUACCCCCUGACUAGGGGAGCCCCCUUAGCUCCGUCCCCAGAAGGGCCGUCCGACUGCCAGCGUCCUGCCGGCUUCUCUCUGUGACCCGCUCAGACAAUGGAGAGAGGGAUGGGCCGGGUGCUUGCUCUCAGUCUCACCUGGAGCUAUCAGAAGGGUAAAGCCAUUUGAAGAAUAAAGUCAUCCAGAGUCUCAGA